AUGUCCUGCCAGCGCCCCGCCGAGCACUACGACAUCGCCGGGCGGCGCAUCUCGUCCAUCGCUACCGCGGCGUGCGUGAGCCUCGACGGUUCGAUCGAGAGCAUGUGCAUACCGCACUUUGACUCACCGAGCGUGUUUGCCCGCAUCGUCGACGCUAACAAGGGUGGACACUUCUUCGUCACGCCGACCACUGAUUUCCGGCCGAAACAGCACUAUGCCCCGAACACGAACAUCUUGCACACCAAGUUCUUGUCGGAGGAGAGUGUUGGACUCGUCACUGACCUCCUCGUGCCCAAGGGCGCAAACAGAAGCGGGACACAGGACCGUGGCGUCCUUCCCUGGCUUAUCCGCAAGGUCGAGUGUCUUCACGGCACGGUGCAGUACCGGAUGGAAUGUGCGCCUGCAUUCAACUACGGGCGCGACGAGCACACUGUCGAGAUCGUGGAUGAUGACUCGGCGGUAGGCCUGUCCCAGAAACACAAUAAGGUCAUUUUCAAGUCGCGAGACUUGACAUUGGAUCUGCGCCACCUGUGCACGCACACGAGCGAUGCGCCGAUGCCGGAACUCACGAUCUAUAAAGAGAAGCUCGCGCAUCGCGAGCUGCUCGGUGACGCAGCUGUCGCCGACUUUACGCUUCGAGAGGGGCAGACCGUGUAUUUUGUCCUGCGAGAGAUGCCGACCGACGCCAACCGCGGGGAGCGCUGGAUCGGGAUCCAGCAGGCCAUCGAUAUCCGUAAGGCCGAGGCGCUGGGCAUCACACCCACGCAGUUCCGUGAAGCAGCGCACCUCCUCCGCCCGCGCGAUAAUCCCAUCAUGUCGGAGCGGCUGCUCGAGAGGAUGAUCGGAGAUACAAGGGAGUACUGGAAUGCCUGGAUCGACAAGUGCAAGUACAAAGGACGGUGGCGGGAGGCUGUGCGCCGCUCGGCACUCACCCUCAAGAUGCUUGUCUAUGAGGAGACGGGUGCGAUUGUCGCCGCGCCGACGUUCUCCCUCCCCGAGUACAUCGGUGGCGUGCGGAACUGGGACUACCGGUACACCUGGGUCCGCGACACGAGCUUUACAAUCUACGCGUUCAUCCGCCUAGGCUUCACGGAGGAAGCGAACGCGUUCGUGGGAUUCAUCCUCGAGCGCCUCAAGGACUGCAACUACGACGGAUCGUUGCAGAUUAUGUACACGAUCCACGGCGGCAAGGACGUGCCGGAGAUUGAGCUCGACCACCUCGACGGGCACAGAGGCAGCAGGCCGGUGCGCAUCGGUAACGGCGCGGCCAACCACCUACAGCUGGACAUUUACGGCGAGCUCAUGGACAGUAUCUAUCUCGCGCAAAAGUUCUGCCAGCCGCUCUCGUGGGAUUCGUGGGUCGCCGUGCGCCAGGUCGUCGACUACGUUGUCACCAUGGUUGACAAGAAAGACCUGUCUAUCUGGGAGCCUCGUGGUGAGGUCAAAAACUACACGUACUCAAAGGUCAUGAUGUGGGUGGCGCUUGACCGCGGCCUACGCCUGGCAGACAAGCGGAGUCUGCCGUGCCCGAACCGAAUUAGGUGGACGGCGACGCGUGACUGGCUUUACGAGGAGAUCCAGAAACGUGCCUGGAACCCCCAACGUGGCUUCUACGGCCAGUCGUACGAGGAGAACGACAUCCUUGACUCGGCCGUUCUGAUCAUGCCGCUCGUGUUCUUCUCGAACGGCGCGGACCCACGCUUCAAGUCGACGCUCGACUGGAUCCUCAAAUCACCCGAGAAGGGGGGACUGUGCGUCAACGCCAGCAUCUUCCGGUACGAUGUGACCAAGGCGGACGACGGCGUCGGCGGAGCAGAGGGCGCGUUUUCCCUCUGCACGCUGUGGUGUGUUGAGGCGCUCACGCGAGUGGGCGAAUAUGAUCGCAAGUACCUCACAAGUGCGGCCAACAUGUUCAACGAGUUCCUGGGUUACGGAAACCACGUCAGCCUGUACUCUGAGGAGAUCAGUCCUGGCGGCGAGGGACUGGGCAACACGCCGCAGGCGUUCACACACGUCACACUCAUCUCGGCGGCGUUCAACCUCGACCGCACGCUUGGUUAG